CCAUUAGUAAUUAGGAUCAAAUUACUUGUUGUCCCUCCCUCCCCUUUGCUUCCCUUAUCCAACCAAUCCUUUCAUUUCCAAGCCCUUGCUCAUAUUUGCCCUCGCCAUGGCGCUGCAACCGUUCUCACCUGCUACUACUGCAACUCGGUCUCUUCACUCGAGGAUAUUUGCAUCCCUACCCUUAAGAACAGAUCCCUAUCAAAGAAGAGAAAACCACACCAGACAUCUUUGUGUGCAUGCAAAAGUACUGAGUUCCACUGCAAACUGUGUAAGAUUACAAGAGGGUACUGGUGCUUUCUCUAGCAGGUCACCGACUGCUAAACAAAUUGUUAAAAAGAGAACAGGAGUUAUUAGGUUUGCAACCAUUGAAGAAAUUGAAGCGGAGAAAUCCUUGAUUGAGAAGGAUGUCAAAGGGAGGAUGGAAAAGACCAUAGAAACAGUUCUUGGGAAUUUUAAUGCAGUGAGGACAGGGAGAGCAAAUCCUUCUAUGCUUGACCGUGUUGAGGUUGAGUACUAUGGAAGUCCAGUUAGCUUAAAGAGCAUUGCUCAGAUCAGCGCUCCAGAUGCAAGUUCUCUUCUCGUACAACCAUAUGACAAGUCAAGCAUGAAAGUUAUUGAAAAGGCCAUAGUCAGUUCGGAUCUUGGUUUAACCCCAAACAAUGAUGGUGAAGUUAUACGGUUGAGCAUUCCUCAACUCACUUCUGAGAGAAGAAAGGAGUUAUCAAAAGUAGUUGCUAAACUGGCCGAGGAAGGAAAGGUUGCUAUAAGAAAUAUAAGGAGAGAUGCAAUAAAAGCCUAUGAGAAACUUGAGAAGGAGAAAAAACUUUCAGAAGAUAAUGUCAAAGAUCUGUCAAGUGAUUUGCAGAAGGUGACUGAUGUGUACAUGAAAAAGAUUGAGACAAUCCAGAAACAGAAGGAGAAGGAACUGCUGUCUGUAUAAGCUUUGAAAAUCAAGAGACUGAUUUCCAGGUUUGAGUGACUGUAGUGGCAGUUCAUGGGCAAGCCUUACACGGAAUUUCAGCGGAUGAGUCUACUCGUCUUUCCUUUUUAUGCAAAAUGUUGCUUAGGUGAAGAACUAUAAUUGUCUCCUGUUCUCUGGAGUUUUUUUGCUUUAAUCCUUGUCGAAGUUUUUGGAAUAUCUUGAAUGUUGUAAUAUAAUGGGGGAUGGAGUUCUUACAUGAAAUGACAUGCCUUUCUCAAAGUAAACGUUGUCUGCUCAA